AUGUCAAUGAAACGCAACAGUGAAGGUUCAGUGAGGGACGGAGCUUUUCUUAUUCAGUCCUCGGCCAAGACGUGCAGCUCUCCAGAGGAAACUCACAGAGACUUUAACGGACAAACACAUUUCCACCAAGAAGAUGAUUGUGGGAUCAAAUCAGAGGCCGAGGACAGUAAUGAGACACCGUCCUCUGAGGAAGAGCAGGACCUGUCGGACUACAACACAGAGCUGGCCAUCAGGCAGAGCAGCUCCUCCUCCAGGAAGACCAUCACUCAGAUCAUCAAAGACAAGAAAAAACAGACACAGCUUACCUUGCAGUGGCUGGAGGAGAAUUACAUUGUGUGUGAAGGAGUGUGUCUGCCUCGCUGUAUCCUUUAUGCCCAUUACCUGGACUUCUGUAGGAAAGAGAAACUUGAACCAGCUUGUGCUGCUACAUUUGGAAAGACCAUCCGCCAGAAGUUUCCUCUUCUUACAACAAGAAGACUGGGCACCAGAGGACACUCAAAAUAUCAUUACUACGGUAUUGGCAUCAAAGAAAGCAGUGCUUACUAUCACUCUGUGUAUUCAGGAAAGGGUUUGACCAGAUUUUCAGGAAGCAAGCUCAAGAAUGAGGGAGGCUUCACAAGGAAAUAUUCUUUGAGCUCUAAAACUGGAACAUUGCUACCAGAUUUCCCCAGUGCUCAACAUCUUCUGCUGCAGGGAAACAUCUCCAGAGAAAAGGUGGACACUCUUAUCAUGAUGUAUAAAACCCACUGCCAGUGCAUCCUGGACAAUGCCAUUAAUGUCAACUUUGAAGAGAUCCAGAAUUUCUUGCUCCACUUCUGGCAGGGUAUGCCGGACCACCUGCUCCCACUGUUGGAGAACCCUGUUAUUGUGGACAUCUUCUGUGUCUGUGACUCCAUUCUUUAUAAGGUUCUAACAGACGUUCUCAUUCCUGCUACGAUGCAGGAGAUGCCUGAGAGUCUGUUGGCAGACAUUCGCAACUUUGCCAAGCACUGGGAGCACUGGCUGGUCUCCUCUCUAGAGAACCUUCCAGAAUGCCUUGCAGCCAGUAAGCUCCCCAUCGCACGGCGCUUUGUCUCCUCCUUGAAGAGACAGACCUCCUUCCUACACCUUGCACAGAUAGCCCGUCCAGCACUGUUCGACCAGGCUGUAGUGACUGGCAUGGUGCUGGACAUUGAAAAGGUUGAUCUCAGCAGCAUCAGCUCUCAGCCGCUGCUCAGUAUCACCACCACUGGGGAUCAGGACCCAGACAUCUACUCUGAAUAUGACUCUAUUGCCGUCUUCCAGGAGCUGAAGGAGCUGCUGAAAAAGAACGCCACGGUUGAAUCCUUCAUUGAAUGGUUGGAUACUGUUGUGGAGCAGAAGGUCAUCAAGCCGGGUAAGCAGAGCAGUCGCUCUGUGAAGAAGCGAGCUCAGGACUUUCUGCUGAGGUGGAGUUUCUUUGGCGCCAGAGUGAUGCACAACCUCACGCUCAACAAUGCUUCCAGCUUUGGAUCGUUUCAUCUGAUCAGGAUGCUGUUGGAUGAAUACAUCCUGUUAGCUCUGGAAACUCAGUUCAACAAUGACAAGGAACAGGACCUGCAAAACCUCCUGGACAGAUACAUGAGAAACGCAGAUGCCAGUAAAGCAGCAUUCAUGGCUUCGCCUAGUUCCUGCUUCCUAGCCAAUCGCAACAAGGCCAGUGCUGCCAUGGACCAGUCAGUGAAGAAUGAGUCUCUGGCAGAGCACCCUUACAUGUCUCUGUCCAGCAGUCAGCAGCAGGGUCUGGAAACCAGCAUGGUUUUCUACCAGGGCACAGAACCUGCUGCCUUCACCUCAGCUUCAGGUAGCCAGAUGGACUUCUCUCAGGUCGGUGGUCCACUGAUGACGCCCCCUAUCUCUCCAGCCACGCUAAUGCACAGAGGGUCAGUUAUCAACCAAGGACCCAUGGCUGCGAGACCCCUGACAUCAUCCUCUUCCUCCUCCUGCUCUUCCUCCUCCUCCUGCCUCUCCUCCCUCAGUGCCAUCACCCAGCCCAGCCCCUGCUCUUCCUAUCCAGAGACCCUGUACCACUGUUUACCCCAGACCAGCUCUAGUUACUACCCUUCAACCAGCGCCUCCUCCACCCCCAACUACCAGGCUGCUCUCAGGCCUCACACGCAGAGCCAGGGUCUGGCUUCAGUUCAGUCCCAGGCCUCAUCACUGGCCUACCAACUCUCCCGGUACCCCUCCUUCAGUGACCCACACCUUGCUAAAGAUAUAUGCUUCAGCAGCACUUAUCACUCAUCAAUCCAUCACUCAUCCAACAGUAAUAGCUGUUCCCUGACACCUUAUGGCUCUGCGGUCCGGCCCACAUCCAGCUACAGCUCUGGCCAAGAUCCAGUACAGGCUCCUCCAGACCAGGGGCUGGAGGCCCAAGGGGCAGCUCAGAUGCUGGACUCAGCUGGGGCAUAUGGCUUUGUGGGAACUGGCCUGAACCCUUCAGGCAACGACUGUCAGGGACACGGCUACUCUGCUGCAGGACACAGUGGUUACUAUGGCAACAGCAGUUACCUGAACAGCCAGCGAAUGACAUCAUUGGUUGACCAGCAUGUGUCUGUCAUCAGCAGUGUGGGUAAUCUCCGUCCAUUUCCGUCAUCAUACUCUGAGGUCCACGACCCGCUCAACAUCCUGGAUGACCCAGGAAGGAAAACAACAGCACCGUACUACACUGAGGCAGAAACUGGGGCAGGUCAGCAUCCCCUCCCACCUUCAGCAUCUACCCCCUGCAUGUACGGCGGACCCUCCCACUUCAGUUCCCAGGAUUCAUUGCUCUCCCAGCGUGUGGCGUCAUCUUCGGAGGUGCGGGACCUGGUAUCAUCACUGCCACCUAUCAACACCGUUUUCAUGGGUGCUGGAGGAGCACCAUGACUAUGAAGAUACCAGCCUCCUUUGCUGGAAAGUCUUGAUGUUAAGGGUUCCGUUUCCACCAGGGCAACACAUUCACAAUGUAUGUAUGCACUCAGCAACUGUGAGGCCGUUUGGAUAAAGGCAACUACUAAAUGGCAUGCAAGGAGGCAAUUAACCCUCACCUUUUUGCUCAGGUGCCCCUCUCACAUUGAGCAAGCUUUUCCUGCUGAACAAAGAGGAGCAUGGUGCCGCUGAAUGACCUGUUUGAAGGGCACCUCUGUGCUUUCGGUUGUUAUAAUGGAGUAGACUUUGGGAGAUUCA